UUCGGCUGUUUAUUGGCGAGUCGACCGUGGCUUUUCAUCCUUGCCUCCGCGAUUCUACCGUCGUGCCUUGCCCCGGGAUUAAUGUAUUUCCAAGUGCAGAAUGGAGACGAUGUGAAUGCUUGGUUCCAGCCAGAAUCCCCCAUCUAUAAAACUGUUACGUGGAUCACGAAGAGUUUCCCUGAAGGAGUUUUAUACGAACAAAUCAUCUUGUCUGGGCCUAAUAUUCUCACUCCAGAAUCUUUCAAAUAUAUGGCUGCUCUGGACGAGAAAAUUCGAUCCAUAAAAGCCGCUGGGCAUGCAUGGGAUGAAAUCUGUGCAAGGUACAUAUNUCUAUUGCUUUCCUUCAUCUUGCAGAUGGCUGCUCUGGACGAGAAAAUUCGAUCCAUAAAAGCCGCUGGGCAUGCAUGGGAUGAAAUCUGUGCAAGGCCGGACGAAUUCCUGGAGGGGCACGUCAAGGAGGAUAGGCGGAAAAGAGAUGCACAAAACCUUCGCGAUGGAGAGGAUACACGAGCAGGACCAAAACGAGAAGACCGUUUAGAAGACGAUGUAGACAAAGAAUCAUCGGAUCAGUCCUCAUUUCAGUCCGACCAGGCCAUUCCUCAGAAGGAUGAGAGCAUGUAG